AUGAUAAUAAUCAUAGAUAUUAUAUAAAGCAUAUAUGAUAGAAUUAUUUUAAUUAUUUAUCAAUCACCUUUAGAGAAAGCGAAAUCGUGCUAUUUGAAGUUUCGAAAUUAAAAUAUUAUAAUAUUAAUUUUAGAUAUUCUAACUAAUUUAAUUUUUAAAUAUAAUGAUGCCAAUCUGCUGCAAUUAAAAUUUUUUCGAAUAGCACUUUUUAACUUUUACUCAUCUACUUAUCCAUAUCUGAAUCACUUCUUCAAUAAGAAUGUUUAACAACAGUAGCAAACCAAAUAGGAAGAGCUGCUGCCAUAGGUAAAAAAUGAGGAUUUAUCAUAAUAACAUAAGAAAAAAGUGGUCGAAUAACAAAAACCAAGCUCGAGUGAUGAUAAAAAAAUUCACAUAUUCCCUGGAUAAAGUAAGAAUUAUUAUAAGAACAUGAGUUAGAAGAUAGUUAAAUUUAUUUUUGAACAUUUUCAAGAUGACGAAAGAGUUAUGAAUGACUCACACAUUAAAAAAUUCAUCAAGAUACCUAGCCAAAGUUUCAAUAGGGAUUCAAUAUUAAAACUGAAAAAAUCCAAAUUCGCUAGAAAAAUACUCAGAUUAUUCUUUGCUAAUUUAAAAUGGGUAAGACCCUUCAUUUCCUAAAAUAAAGCAGAGUUGUCUCUAUACUUUAGAUAUAACAAAUAGCUGUAUUGUCCAUAGAAAUCAUUAUAACAAAAUUAAUCACAUCAAGUAAAGGAAGACUGUAUUAAACAAGAGGAGUGA